AAAUAAUUUAUUCUUACUUAAGUUAUUAAUUAAAAAGUGGUGAAGUGUUAAAUGUUUUUUUAGUGACAGAAAACAUGUUGUCUAAGUUUCAUCAUUAUCAUGGAUCAAAUAUUAUUCUUUUCGAAGACAACACCGUGGCCUAUAGGAAGGCAAGUUUUGCGCAUGGAUUGACAUUUAGUGAGAAGCCUUUAUUACCUGGUGAAAUAUUUUUGGUUGAAAUAGAGAAAACAGAAAGGGGAUGGAGUGGCCAUAUGCGAUUAGGAUUAACCCUGCUUGAUCCGCAAACUGCUGCGCUCGGAGAUAAAGGACUUCCACAGUACGCUUUACCUGAUUUAGCAAACACUGGUAUGUCAUGGAUCUUUCCCAUUUCGAAAUCACAGAACAAUGUGCUGAUUGAGCUUGUCAACCAAGGGGCGAGCGGCCGCCGUGAAAAUGAGCCCAGAAUUUCAGUCCUAGGUGAUGGACAUACUGUGCGUACGCCUCGAGGCUUUAUAUCUAAAAUGCUGCUGAGACCACAAAUAUUGUCACAGAAUGGUACACCACAAGGUAUAUUGCCUAUGGAUGCUGGCAGUAGAAUUGGGGUCAUGUUUGUUCCAUGCCCUAAAACUAGUAGGGAUGAACCAGAUAUGGCUGAAAUGCAUUUUAUAAUUAAUGGCGAAGACCAAGGGCCAUGUACUAAGGCCAUACCAUAUACUAGUGGACCACUUCAUGCUGUGGUAGAUGUGUACGGAACAACAAAGCAAGUUAAAAUUGUACAAUUAUAUGGAGUAAAAUCCCUACAAAAUGUUUGCAGAGAUGCAAUACUUCAGUAUGUGAAUGAUGGAUCAGUCAAAGCACUACCAUUGCCAAAGUGUUUGAAAGACUUUCUCCUCUCAUAGAAAAUGUGAUAAUGUUAAUUUGUGGUGACAAUAAUAAGACUAUUUGUGGGAAUUUAAAUUUAAACAUUGACAGUUAUUGUUGAAAUUAUGAAACGUAUGUAUGCGUUUUAGUAU